UGGAUAUUCAUCUAUAAUCUGAAGCGACUGUUUAGUGUUUAGGUGGUCUAAUGCUGCUGAUGUAGAUUAUUAUUGACUCACACUUCACCUCAGCGAUGGCUACGAAAACAUGGCCGCCCGGAACACAGUGUGUCGCCAAAGCUGACCACACCAAGCCCAAGCCCAACGAGCUUGCGUAUCGCAAAGGAGACAUCAUUACCGUCUUACAUCUGGAGAUGUUAAUGGGGAAGUCCAUUUACAGGGCCAAACACAACAGGACCGGUGAGGAAGGUCUGAUCUUCGCUUCCAAUAUGCGGGAACGUGAGGCCCUGCGCGUGGACCCCAGUCUCAGCCUGAUGCCUUGGUUCCACGGGAAGAUUUCGGGUCCGGAGGCGGUCAGCAAACUGCGGCCCAUGGAAGACGGACUGUUCUUGGUUCGGGAGUCCAUCAGGCACCAGGGCGACUAUGUGCUGAGCGUGAGCUUUAAAAAGGAGGUGCUUCAUUACCGCGUCAUCUACCACGAAUCCAAGCUCACCAUCGACAACACACAGCACUUCUACAACCUCAUCGACAUGGUAGAGUACUACUCCAAGAACAAAGGCAUCAUUGCAACCACCCUGCAAAAACCCAAAGAGAAAGAGGGCACCAAGUCAGCAGCAUUACAGCUAUCUAAAACUGGCUGGCUGUUGGAUCUGUCAAAGCUUACUCUGGGAGAAAGUAUCGGACAGGGAGAGUUUGGAGACGUGUUUCAGGGCGAGUACAUGGGCAGGAAGGUGGCUGUGAAGAACAUAAAGUCUGACGUCACAGCUCAAGCUUUCCUGGAUGAGACAUCAGUCAUGACAAAACUGCAGCAUAAGAAUCUGGUCCAGCUGCUGGGAGUGAUUUUACACAACGGCCUUUACAUCAUCACUGAAUUCAUGGCGAAGGGUAAUCUGGUAAAUUUUCUGCGAUCACGAGGUCGCUCAGUUGUUACUACGUCCCAGCUUCUGCAAUAUGCACUAGAGGUGUGUGAAGGGAUGGAGUAUCUGGAGUCGAAGAAACUGGUUCACCGAGACCUGGCUGCUCGCAACAUCCUCAUCUCGGAGGAUAACAUCGCCAAGAUCAGUGAUUUUGGUCUGGCCAAGGUCGACCAUCAGAGUCUAUGCGAUCUUCAGGACAAUGCGAAGCUACCGGUGAAAUGGACCGCACCCGAGGUCCUGAACAACCAGAAGUUUUCCACACGAUCAGAUGUUUGGAGUUAUGGCGUACUACUAUGGGAGACGUUUUCCUACGGUCGACAGCCGUACCCUAAGAUGACUUUGAAGGAGGUGAAGGAGAAGCUGGAGGAGGGUUACCGCAUGGAGCCACCCGAAAACUGCCCGCCUGACGUCUACGCCCUGAUUAAGUCCUGCUGGGAGCAGGAGCCUAAGUUGCGCCCGUCCUUUCAUAAGCUCAAAGAACUUCUGCAGGCCGAGUUAAACAAAUGUGAAUCCAGGAGCGAGUCGUGACCCUGCGCAAAUCGUCCCUUUAUUACCAGAUCACACUAUACUGCUGGAGGAGUAUACUGCUUCCACCACAGUUUCAAUCAUUAUAGACACCAGACCUGUUUGUAAUGUUUGUUUUUAUGUAAAUGUAUUUUAAAAGUAAUUUACGAUUAACGUUUAAAUCGUUUAACUGAGGGCACAGGUCUGAGGGAACAUGUAUGAAUCCAUCUUGUCUAUAAAACAUAACGCUACUUGUACACGACUUUAUUUUGUUUCAUUUUAACUUUACAUCACUGGUUUGCUUUUCUGGCUUU